UUUACUUUAUUCUCUUUAUCUCUCCUAAAUCAAACGAGCAAGAGAAUCGCUAGCCUGCAGCUUCGUUAGGGUUUUGUGAAUCAAUUAAUGGAUCAACAAUGGCGACCAUCGCUAACUUAUCCUCCUCUACCACCAAGUCCUCCGUCUUCACAAUUCAAAAUCUGUCCGAUUUGUUCAAUUUCUCACUUCCCGUUUUGCCCUCCGCCUCCUCCGCCUCCGUCUCUUCUUCCGACCCCUCCUCCUUAUCCUGCAUACAACCAAAACCCUAGGUUUCCACCACCACCUCCAGUAGCUCCGCCUCAUCCGGAUUAUCCACCACCCGACCCUUAUUAUAACGGUAUGAACAGUUAUGGAAAUUAUAAUAGUAAUGGUGAAGUAGAUAGGAGAUAUAAGCGAGCUAGGGUUGAUGAGAGUAAUCAAAAUUCAAUAAUUACGUUGGAUAAUGAGCGUAGAUUAAAGCUUAUACGCGAUCACGGCGGUUCUGCGAAUUUUAAUUUUGGUUAUAGUCCAGAUUCUGGUGUUAAUUUUAGUAAUAAUAGGUAUAGUAAUACUGCAGAUAUGAGUAAUCAUCAGAUUGAUUAUUCUAAUCAAACGAGAGAGGCUGGCCAUGUCGAUUUUUAUAAUCCGAAUCAGAAUCAUAUGUUUAACAAUAUGAUUAGUAAUCAGUAUCAGAAUCAACAGCAACAAAAUUAUGUGAGACAUGAUUAUAGUAAUAUGACUGAUCCUUCUAGAGGUUCAUAUCCUCCCAGUGAAAAUAGAGUAUUAUUAGGUGGCUACCAGCACCAGCAUGCUCCACCUUUGCCUCCACCUUCGCCGCCACCUCCUAUACCGAUGGAACCUCCAUUUCAGCCGUCACCACCGCCGCCGCCACCUUCACAAACCUCAUUGUUCCCAGUUCAUGCGAAUUCCUCUGUUACUAAUCCAUAUCUGCCAAAUAAGCCUUCGACUUCCUUUUUCUCGGAGGAAUGGCAAACAUCAUCUAUGCCAAAGCAGCCAUCUCCUGAUAAGCCAAUAGUUAUUGAUGCUUUUCGAUUGUUUAAGCCGCCUUUUUGGUCUACUCGUCGUGAUCAUAUUGUGAUAAUCCUUCGGGGUCUUCCAGGUAGCGGUAAGAGCUACUUAGCUAAGAUGAUACGUGACCUUGAAGUUGAAAAUGGUGGUUAUCCCCCACGGAUUCAUUCCAUGGAUGACUAUUUCAUGACUGAAGUUGAAAAGGUCGAAGAGAAUGAUGCGUCAAAAUCUUCAGGUUUUGUUAGAGGCAAGAAGCCAACAGUAAAGAAGGUCAUGGAGUAUUGUUAUGAACCUGAGAUGGAGGAGGCUUAUCGAGACAAUAUGCUGAAGGCAUUUAAGAAGACCCUUGAGGAGGGAACUUUCACGCUUGUUAUUGUGGAUGACCGCAAUCUGCGGGUAGCUGAUUUUGCUCAAUUUUGGGCAAUCGCAAAGAGAUCUGGCUAUGAAGUUUACAUAUCAGAACCUACGUAUAAGGACCCCGCGGGGUGUGCUGCUAGGAACAUACAUGGCUUUACCCUAGAUGAAAUAAAAAGCAUGGCUGAGCAGUGGGAAGAAGCUCCAACAUUAUACUUGCAACUGGAUAUCAAGUCUCUAUUCCAUGGGGAUGACCUGAAGGAAAGUGGAAUUCAAGAGAUUGAUAUGGAUACUGAAGAUGGAACCUCGGAUGAUAAUCCAUCUGGACAGCUGGAAAGGAACGCUGAGAAAACGAGAAUGCCUUCAUUGGAGGAUGAUGCACCCCAAGUUCCUUUUAAAGGUGAAAAGAGAUGGAAUGCUGAAGAGGACCAUCCUAGGGAAGGAGUAAUACUCAAAAGUAAAUGGUCAGAAGAUUUAGAUGAAGAUGAUACAGAAGGAUCUGAGGGAGUGAAGGGAAAUUUAAAUGCUCUCUCUGGGUUAAUUCAAGCAUAUGGAAAGCAAGGAAAAUCUGUGUGUUGGAGUGACCAGGCUGGGAAUACUGGGUUUUCUAUAGGUGCAGCAAAGAAGGCAAAGAAGUCUUUAGUGAUUGGACCUGGCGCCGGAUACAAUUUGAGGUCCAACCCGUUACCUGAGGAAGGAACCCCAGCGUCAUCCCUAGGUAAAGGGGAGUCAAGGAGACAGACUGUAUUCCAAGAGCAACUUCGAGCAGAGCGGGAGUCUUUUAAAGCCGUUUUUGAUAAGAGAAGAAGGCGAAUUGGUGGACUUGCGUUGGAGGAGGAAUGAGUUGGAAAGGUUUCCACCUUCAAGCAAUUUUUGAUUUUGAUAGUAGAUAUUUUUGUUUAGAGGAUUCAUGUCACUGUUGUAUGUAUUAGUGCUAGGUUCUGGAGGAAGAGUGCAGCCAGUGAAGUUUCUCUCCUUGUAUUACUGUAAUCUAAAAGCAAAACCAAAGUUAUUAUUACAUUGAUAGAACUAAAACGUUGUUGUGAAUCUUUCUAUACUAAAGUUUAUAAUUCCUUAAA